AUGAAUAUCGACGCUGCUGCAGACAAAGGCGAAAUUAAUAGUGUGCUGAAGUUGAAGAAAAAGCAGCCAAGCACAGUCGACGAUGUCUGUAACGGUGAGGUCAGGUGGUCGGCUCCUUGUUCGUCGUCGUUGAACUGUGCCAAUGAUCACAGCGUUAACGUUAAAGAUACUUUCCAUGGCCGUUCGGUUAAUGAUUCCUCGUAUCAGCGACCACAAUUGGAUGAAUUUGAUAAAGAGCGAGUGACGUCACCCUGUAUUGAUAACUGGAAUUCUACAAACCUGUUUAAUGGGCUGAUAGCAAAGUUGGAAAAUUGUAAAUUAUAUGCAGUUGCAGAAUCGAAAGGUCGCACUGCAGCUCAAACUGGAGGUGACGCUGGCACCGGAGCCUAUGAUCGCCUCACUGAUGACACUGUUGGCUCAGAAAUAACGAAUAAGGUCGCUGAGAUCGUGCCGUAUCAGGAUGAGAGUCAGAUGCCGUUCAUCAUGAAGCUAAUCACAAAAGACCUAUCCGAGCCGUAUUCGAUCUAUACCUACCGCUACUUUAUCCAUAACUGGCCGAGUCUGUGUUUCCUGGCACGGGCCCACGAUGGCACUUACGUCGGCGCGAUCGUCUGUAAAUUGGCACUCCACCCAAAAGGUACCAGGAGGGGUUACAUCGCGAUGCUGGCCGUUGACCAAGCUUACAGAAGGUGCGGUAUUGCCAGCGAACUGGUGAUCAAGGCGAUCACGACGAUGAUGCAACAAGAAUGCGACGAAGUGGUGCUCGAAGCAGAGGUGACUAAUCACGCAGCAUUGAAUUUGUAUGAGAAUCUCGGCUUUAUACGCUAUAAACGUCUGUUGCGGUAUUAUCUGAAUGGAGUGGACGCCUUUAGGCUCAAACUGUGGCUGAAGUCUGCGAGGUCUGUUUACUUGUAG